AUGGAUUUACGCUCCGGAUAUAACAACGUUAGAGUCAAAGAUGGUGACCAAUGGAAGGGCGCAUUUAAGACAAAUCGCGAACUUUUCGAACCUAUGGUCAUGUUCUUUGGACUCUGCAACUCCCCGGCGACUUUCCAAAUGAUGAUGAAUGCACUCUUCGAAGACAUGAUCGAUGAAGGAUGGAUAGUCAUUUACAUGGAUGAUAUCCUCAUCUUCUCGAACAAUUUGGAAGAACAUCGCAUCCGAACCCGACGCGUACUCCAACGACUCAAAGACAGCAACCUAUUUAUUAAAUCGGAAAAGUGCUUCUUUGACGUUAAGGAAGUCGAAUUCCUAGGCAUGAUCAUUCGAGAAAACUACAUCGGCAUGGACCCUAUCAAACUUAAAGGAAUUGCGGAAUGGCCUAAACCAAGCACGGUAAAAGGUGUUCACUCUUUCCUCGGGUUUGGAAACUUCUACCAAAAAUUCAUUGCCAACUUCUCGGAUAUUGCCAAACCAUUGACGAACCUUACGCGUACUGCUGCUAGAUCUCCACCUUUUGAAUGGACAACGGAAUGUCAGACAGCUUUUGAUACAUUGAAAUGA